AUGGCAGCCGCAGGCGGCGGACGAGCAAGGCCACCUCGAGCGCGUGCGGCGCGGACCGCAGAAUCGCGUGGCAGCACAAGCGGGAGACGAAGACGCGGAGAAGACGAAGAGAGGGAGGAUGGCGAUCCGACUAACGACGUAGGUGACAGCGAAGAUCUCGCCGAGGAAGACGAUGAUGCCCAAGCGGAAGAGUCUGAAGACGAGGACGAGGAUGAUGACGAUGACAACGACGACGACGACGAAGACGAAGACGACGAGGAUGGAGACGCUGAUGCGGACGAAGACGACGACGAGUCGCCCUUCAAGUUUCUCGAGCGGCUGGACCCCAACUGGCUCACACGGCGAAGCUAUCCUCAAGCUGCACUAUCCGCUCAGCCGUCGAGUGCGAUUGGCGUCGACGGCCGCUCGCCGGCGGGCGGAGCAGACGAUGCCGAGUUCUACGCUGCCAUGAUUCAGAUGCUCACGCAUGUGCUCGGAUCGUCCGACUCCAUCGGAUGGGCGAGCCAGGCCACGCCCGGAUCACAGCUUGCUCCAUCGCCCUUUGCACAUCCACAGAGUAGCCCAGCGCAGACGCCGAACCACGCAGGUGCAUCACAUGCUGGACCGUCACGCUCUACGUCUCUUCGGAGCAAGAACGAGCUGUCGGCGCUUCAGCCGCUCAUCCAAGCGCUGAUCGCUCGUUUGGGCAAAGACCAGCAGGUUUCGCGCCGUCCGGUCGGCGAGCAGGAUCUCACGGCGCUGCUCCAGACCCUGAUGGAACAGCAGCAGCGGCAACAGCAGCAGCACAGCCAACGGCAGGGCUCGGACGGUCAAGCUGCGCAAGUCUUUCCUUCUUCAAACUACCAGUUUGCGCAACCGAGUCUUGCUACGCAGGCGGCCUCUGAUAGCGCCCUCGGCCGCUCGCAUCCGCAGACGGACCACACAGGAGUCGGGUUCGGCAUCGCUGCGCAGGACGCAUACCGGCCGCUCCACUUUGCCGAUCUCGACUUUGAAGACGAGGACGAGGACGACCCGGACUUCAAUCCGGAUCUGAAUCCCGACCUGCCUCUGCCCUCGGCGUGGUCGCUGGCGGUACGCGACGUUGUGGCUUCAGAAAAGUCUCGCGCUGCAGCUGCGGCCGUUGCUGCAUCCCACUUGGGCACCCCGUCAGGAUCUCAAACGCCUGCUGCGCGGCGAGGAUCGUACAGAGAAGGCGACCCGCAUCCGCAUGCACACUUGUUCCCUCAUCCCACUUCCUUUGCCACGGAGGCGGAUCGACCGCCGGCAAGGGAGCCUUCGACCCACGCGAGCACUUCGGUCGGCGAAGCAAACGAAGGCCUCACCACAGCAGAGCACAUCGACACUCAUGCAACAGCCGAGGCUGUUCGUGCCGCAAGUGCGACGCAGUCCGAGCCAGAGCAGGGCGAGCAGAGCAUUCCGCGCAAGCGGGGCCGCAAGCCUGUACUCGAGCCCGGCGAAGCUCAGCGUCGACGCGCACAGAGGAACGUCGAGUACCAACGCAUGCGACGCCAGGUCAAAAAGGCCGAAGAGUCGGAGCAGAGCGAGGCCGUACUCGAGCUCCGUGCCGAGGUCAAGAUGCUGCGCGCCGAGAUGGAGCGUCUCCGCGACGAAAACGCCAUGCUACGAGCGCAGCGCGAGCUCGACCGGCUCCAGCGCUCAAACCGCCGUUGA